AUGGCUGUACUCGGUUCUUUAAAUCAUCUAGGACUUUGUGUCAGUGAUUAUAAAGAAAGUAUUAAAUUUUAUGAUUCUUUUCUAACCCAGCUUGGAUAUAAACAGACGGUUACGAAUGAUAAAUAUACGAGUUGGUUAAAUGCAACUAGCGGAGGUCAAAUUGUUAUUUCUCCAAUUCGUUCAGAAAAUAAAGAAUCCAAACAUGAAAGAUAUUCGGUCGGGUUUCAUCACCUAGCAUUAAAUUCUUCGACUCGUGAACAAGUUGAUAAAUUUCAUGAAUUUUUAUUGGAAAAUAAUUACAAUGUUUUGGAUGAACCCAGAGAAUACGAUUAUGUUCCUGGUUAUUACGCCGUGUUUUGGGCGGAUCUUGAUGGAAUGAAACUUGAACUUUGUCACGUUCCCAUAACAACCGCUCAAGAAGACGAAACUAUCACUCCUAAAGCUGAUAUCGUAGAAGAAGCGAAUGGCGAUAAGAAGAAACCGGAUAUUCCCCUUCCAAAAAAUAUCUCGGUCCCAAAUGAUCAUAAAUUCAAAUUCUUACUCUCGGCUUACGGGGUGCAGAUUUAUAAAUGUGUAGUUAAUGAACAUGUUCCAAACAAUUGGACUCAAGUAACCCCCGACACGUAUUGCGUGAAUGAUAAACGCACUGAAACUUUUGUGCCAGAAUAUGAAGUUGCCUAUCAUUAUAUGUUAAAAAAACCUAUUCACGAAGGUAGGGCCGUGUGGGAAUCGUUGGUUAAAGGAGAUGAUUCUUUAUUAGUGGCGAAAAAUGUCGCAACAAAUGUUUCACCUGACGGAAAGAUGAAUCUUCCAUGGCUUGUUAAUAAAGCCACUCAUCAUGAAGGCAAAGGAAGAUUUAGUGAUAUCACUUACGUCCUACGGGUCAACACCGUAGAAGGAAAUCCUCCUCCUGAUGAAUACUGUGGAACUCAUUAUCAAGGUGACGCAAUCGUGAAAGUGGCUUAUUCAGCCGAUUAUUG